CAGAUUUUGUCAAAGCCUGAAGCCUUGGCCCAGUCCAAGGUAUUAAUGGAAUGCAAGGUUGCCAUUAAAAACGUUGAAAGUUCUGUGUGUCGUAUGACUGGUGAAAAACAAGAUAAACUUCUGGAUGAAGUAGCCAGCAUGCUUCCACUGAAAUCAGUUGAAGCGGUGGGAGAGGUAGAGCAGAAGAUAGAAUCUCCAGAGUUUUGCCAAGCAAUGAUUACAUAUUUCCAUAAAUUGAAAGGCACUUCUGAGGAUGUCAGCUGUGUCAUUCGUGCGGUGUUAACUGAUGACCUGCUCGAAAAGUACAAUUGGGAAGGAAGGUGGGGAAAACAAGCGCUUGCUAAGCUUUCGCUAUUUCAAAAAGUAUUACAAGUAGUUUUUAAUCUGCAAGGGUCCUUAGACUUUGAAAAAAGUAUUAAAAAAGCCGUAGAAAAGAGCCACCAUAGACAAAAACAAAAAAAAUAUUUAAAAAAAUUAACCUAAAUAUAGUAUUAAAACAUAAUAAAAACUAAUAUAUUUUAUAAUAAAAAUAAUAUAAAAAUGAGUUUUAUUAUAAAAGUUAUACCGGUCAUAUUUGACGGAUAUAUUCAUCAAUUAUGACUAGUCAACAGUGACUGAUGUAUUCAUCAAGUAUGAUUGAUCAACAGUGACGGAUUUAUACAUCAAUGAUUAUAUGUUAACAGUGAUGGAUAUAUCCAUCAAGACUGAUUAGUCAACCCUGACUAACAUUUCCAUCAUCAUUGAUUUGUAAACAACAAAAGAGUGAGCAGCGCAAAUAUAUGUUUUGAAGUCGAGAGAAUUCAUAAGUGUGAGGGAGAUGAAAUAUCACACGUACACAAAUGUUUACAUCACUUUUGUCCAUUUGCCUUAAGAAACUGAUAGAAACUUUGUUAUACGCUAUGAUAGAAACCAUCCAUCAGUAGUGCCAGUCAAAUGACCG